AUGCAAUUAAGUUAUUUAAUAAAUGCUACAGAAACAGAAGGCGUCAUAAGUCAUAAUUCUUUAACAAUGGACUUUUCUUCACUUCGAGCGAUUCGUGUCAAAAGUUCAAUUCAGGUGCAUUUGCGAGCACAUUUAAAGGAAUCAUUAACUUUUAUGGCUUUCGAGGCCAUCUUCUUCAUUGAAAUAAGCUCACUUACUUUGAAUAAAAUUUCAAAGAAAAAUUCCACAAGAGUUGCAGUUAGCAGUUGCGGAAAAACGCCAUCAAUUGAUUUUCGUGUCGUUCGUUUUGUGCAUGAGAUGAAAUUAGCGAUAAUGUUGAGGACUCCACAAGAUGGUAAGGAAAAGUUCAGUGUUGCAUAA